AUGGUCAGCCAGUGGCAGGACAUCCAGCAGCCGCUGCAGGCCGAGGAGGUGCCAGAGGCCCGGAAGCGAAAGAAUCGGACACAGAAGCAGGCCAAGGAAGCAGCUCAGGCAGAUGUCGAGCAGUCCCGCCUGCGGAGGGAGAAGGAGCUCAGGGCCAAGGAAGCUGCAGCGCGGGGGGCCCAGGGCAGUUGCAGGGUGGCAGUGGAGAAGGAGACCCCGGAGAUGACUGUCCUCCAGACCUACUUCAAGCAAAACAGGGACAAGGUUCUGGAUAACCUCCUGGUCUUCAUCCGCGACAUCCAGCCGCAAAUCCACAAAACCAUCGCAUCAUUAGCUAAGGGAAAAGAAAGCCACACCUGUGCCCAGGGACCGGCCUUACACCCCUUCCGAGGGCACGGUGGGUCAGUGGGGCUUGCGUAA